GGCGCGGUCGUUUUUAUACAUUCCCGCGCGGAGGCAACGGAAGGGCGGGGCGCCUCGUGAUUAGGCCGCGGAGGUGCGAGGGCGAGCAGGGGGCGGGGCCUGCGGGCGCCUCCCUGGGAGGCCGGAAGAUCCUCGGGCGUCGCCUGGGUGCAGCGCAGUGUGCGCGUCCCGCGUCCCUCCUCACCGUGCGAUCGUGGGGGUCCCGGCCGGUCCGUGGGUCCGACUUGGUUGUUUUUGCUCGAAGGCUCGGUCUCCUGACGAGCUGGCGUCCUCACCCCUGCUUUAACUUCGCGGAUUAGUGACAGUCACUCUUUCCAUAUCUUUAAAAGCGAGGCCCUGGUCACAGGCUCUGUUGUCAUGAAGGUGAAAAUUAAAUGUUGGAAUGGUGUGGCCACUUGGCUCUGGGUAGCCAAUGAUGAGAACUGCGGCAUCUGCAGGAUGGCGUUUAAUGGCUGCUGUCCAGACUGUAAGGUGCCUGGUGAUGACUGCCCCCUCGUGUGGGGACAGUGCUCCCACUGCUUCCACAUGCACUGCAUCCUCAAGUGGCUGAAUGCGCAGCAGGUGCAGCAGCACUGCCCCAUGUGUCGCCAGGAGUGGAAGUUCAAAGAGUGAAGCCCGUGCCGUGCCACUUCCCUCUCCUGUGCUGUGCCAGGCUCAGCCCCUUCCCUCCCUCCCCUCCCCCAGAUACAGCACCCCAAGUCCCCUCCACACAGCACAGUGGUGCCCAGAGAUCUCGGUCUGUGCCGGGGACAAGGAUGCUUUCUGUUUGGCUGGGACAAGGUUGAAAGGAGCUUUGCUGACUGUUUUGUUUUCCCAUCACAUUGACACUUUAUUCAAUAAGUAAAACUCAUUACAGUUCCGAGCCGUGCUGGAGGCCUCUGCUUGCCUGGUUUCUUGACAUACUGAUGCUGCUAGCAGCAUGUUUUGCUAUGAAAACUCCAAUAAACAGCUUGAUGAAAUAAUGGCCAAAACCUUCAUCGUAAUCUGAGUCACAGCUCAGACAGGAGGAGGAGGAGAGAUUCAGGCAGAGCCAAGCUGGGCAAAGACCUUAGGGUGUGUUUGUGUCAAGGAGACAGGCAGGGUGCACGUAGCCCAUCAGCUGCCCUAGUCUACUGGGAGUCCCGAGAUCUCGUCCCAUCCCCAGCCCUAGCUGAGCAAAGCUGGCAGCUGCUCUUCCAGAGCUAUUUGGUUGGAGGAAGAAAUAGCUAAGCAGGCAGUGGUCAUUCAUGUCCAGAUAAUCUUCGGGGACAACUGCAGCAAGCUUUUCAGUCUCUUGUGUCUUCCUUGGAUGAAGGCAGAUAUAGUGUAGGAGGAUGUGGGUCCUCUGGUGUCUUAGGGAAGGAAGGCCAUUUGGAAACUAUUAUUAUUCCCUAGAGCUAGGGAUUACCAGUUAUCAGGAAAACAGUAGCCCAGCCCUGAUGUGUUAAGCUCCUGGGUAGAAACCAAUUUAGGCUGGCAUCUAGGAGUUCUGGCCAACUUACCACCUUGUCCUCACUCUCUGACUCUUCCCAGUAACACCUCUGCACUCCCUGUGUGCUCCACAGCCGGGGAAGUAGACUACUAGGGGCUGGUUCCAAGCAAUCUGGAUCAUCUACAUGUUUGUUGGCUCUGAGACUUGUUGCCCACUGUGUGUGGUAUCACUGAAGUCCUCCUAUUUGAAGCAGACUUGUGCUUCUGGGAGACUAGAAUUUCAUACCACUUGGCUAUCUCUAGCAUGCUAAUCCUGGAACUGGCACAGCUAUCAGGAGUGAAGAGGGCCAUUUCAGGGGUAAGGACCCCCAAGAGCUGCAGAGGGGAGCCAGGAUUGGUGGAUUUGGAAGUCCUUGAGCUGACAGGUAUGGUGUACCCUGGCUUGUUCAGCUUGUGCCUUCCAUCUCCAGUCUGCUCAUUUUCUUGGAGGGUCCUCCAUGCCUCUUCUAGGAACAUUCUCUGGGACUUCAUUCCGGGCCAUCCUCUCUGAAACAACUUCCUGUGCAGUUGGCAGUGCUCCUGAGUGCUUCUGUUCCCGGGCUAACCUCAGAAUCCUUCAUGGCCUUCACUUACCACUGAGGUUCUUCCUGGUGUGUUGUCUCACGGUGUCAGCAGCCUUUCCUCAGGGUCAACUCCACCCAUGUAGCAUGUCCGCUCUCUAGAGAUGAGAAAGCCAUAACUAACCUUGGGCUGCUUGCAAAUGGGACCCCUGGCUCCUCCCCUUCCUACUCCAUUGUUCUUCCACCAGCUUUCUCCAGAAAAGUCAGGACAGCAAUGUACCGAGCACUGCAGCUUGUGCUCAGCCUAAGCCCCUUUUCCAUGUGGGAGCAGGAGGCCUUGGAGGAGGAAGCCUACACCACUGACCUCAGGAAGCUCUCUCUGCUCUAAUCCACCUGUGCCUGCCCUGGGUGGCCAGACACAGUCCUAUUCAUGUUCUGGCUCCUGCACAUACCACAAGUCUCUUACAUGUUACCCUCCUGUGUCCAGUAUUCGAGUCACUGUUUGCUAAGUACAGGUGGGGACGGUUCCUAGGCCAUACCCACUGGUGUAGCGUGGGCAGGGCAGUUACUUGCCCCUAGGGUCCAGAGUUGCUUGCCCAGGCUUUUCUGAAGGUUGGAGCCUGAGCGCAACACUUCUCCUCAGAAAGGGCAAGCCCAGCAUCAGAGUCUUCCACCGUGAGCACCACACCAAAACAACUCCAACCUUGUUGCAUUGGCAAGAUGAGUUAUUUUCUCCAAGUUCGAGGCCAAUAUAGGUUAUAGAGUGAGACCCUGUUGGUGAGCCUAGACAGGACCAAAGAAUAAGCAAGGCCCCUGUGGUGGCUGAUGUUAUGUUAACUUGAUGUGAACUAGAGUCCUCUGAGAGGCGUGAUCCUCAGUUGGGAAAAUGCCUCCGUAAGAUCAGGCUGAGGGCAGGCCUGUAGGACAUUUUCUUUCUUCCUCUUUAUAAUGUCUUUACAUUUUAUGUGUGUGGAUGUUUUGCCUGCAAGCGUUUCUGUGCAUACAUGCAUUCUCCCAGUGCCUAUAGAGGCCAGAAGAAGGCAUCUGACCCCUGGAACUAGAGUUCCAGACAGAUGUGAACUGCCCUGUGAGCCACCUGCGCAUGGUACUGGGAAUCCAACCUGUGUCCUCUGGAACAGCAGUUAGUGCUUUUAACUGUUGAGCCAUCUCUCCAGCUUGGAAAAAUCAAUUAGCGAAUGAUGAGGGAGGGCCCAGCAGAUUUUGAGUGGUGCUAUCCCUGGGCUGGUGAUCCUGGUUCGGUAAAAAAGCAGGCUGAGGAAGCCCUGAGAGUAAGCAGCACCCCUCCAUGGCCCCUGCAUCAGCUUCCACCUCGGUCCCAUUGGAGUUCCUGCCUUGGCUUUCUACAGCGGACUGUGACUCAGGAUAUGUAAACCAAAUAAACCCUUUCCUCCCC